UUUAGUUUUUCGGUUUGUGUGAAUUUUACUUCGUAUUGUGUUAUCUUAUGAAUUCAUGAAUAACAAUAAAUUGUUCAAGAGGUUCUAAUAGUUCAUAAAUAUGAUAAAUUUAAACCGAAGUUCAUAUUUAUAGCGCGGUGGCGGGUUGUGAGCAGGGCGCAGGCGGGGCGAGCUCGGGCGGCGGGCGGCCCGCUGACACCAUUCGCCGUGUCAAGGUGAAGAUGUCAUCCGUGUCCGCGCAGGGCGUCGUGGAGCGUGCCUCAGCCGAGCUGUCACGCCGCAUCACGGGGCUGGGCCUGCGCGGUCGCAAGCGCUCGCCCGGCGUGGUGGAACGCGUCGCCAAUGCGCUCUGCGGGCCCGCCGCCGCUGCCACUGCACCGCGAAUACCGCGCCGGCGCCGGCCCUCCCCCCGGCCGCUCGUGUGGAGCCAGUUCAUACUAGAAGACAGAUUCCUCGAAAAGUUUUUUCUAUAUUUCAAUGCAAAUGAAAGGAAAUCGCUGGCACAAGUAUGUACAAAAUGGCGUGACAUCCUCUACUCCACGCCCCGGUGGUGGUCCGGUUUAGUCGCUGUACUGGAUUGCCGUGACAUGCGAACAGAGUCUGGCUGCUGUAUGCAGAGGUUUUACAAUUCUGUAGUGAGAAGAGGAAUACGCGGCAUCAUAUUAAUAUCGGCCACCGAUGAUGAUAUAAAUGAGUUUAUAAAACAGUUUCCUGUUUCGGCACAUCACUUACACGCUAUUGGUUUAAAAGGGUGCACAAUUACAGACCGAGGAUUAGAGGCUAUAUUGGAUCACUUGCAGGUUCUAUUUGAGCUAGAACUAACUGGCUGCAAUGAAAUAACGGAAGCUGGUUUGUGGGCAUGUCUAACUCCUCGUAUUGUCUCACUUACGCUUACUGACUGCAUUAACAUUGCUGAUGAGGCUGUGGGAGCGGUGGCGCAACUAUUGCCAUCAUUAUACGAGUUCUCGUUGCAAGCGUACCAUGUGACGGAUGCGGCACUUGGCUAUUUUUCACCAAAACAAAGUGCAUCACUUAGUAUAUUGAGGCUACAUAGUUGCUGGGAAUUAACUAACCAUGGUGUUGUCAAUAUCGUACACUCGCUGCCGAACUUGACAGUGCUGUCGCUCAGCGGGUGCAGCAAGGUCACGGAUGAGGGCGUGGAGCUGUUGGCUGAGAACUUGCCUCGCCUUCGCAGCCUCGACUUGAGCUGGUGUCCUCGCGUCACAGACAACGCGCUAGAAUAUAUUGCCUGCGACCUCAACCAACUUGAGGAGCUCACGCUUGAUCGGUGUGUACACAUAACCGACAUAGGCGUGGGCUACAUCAGCACAAUGCAGUCUCUGGUGGCCUUAUUCCUACGCUGGUGCUCGCAGGUCCGCGACUUUGGCGUUCAGCAUCUGUGCGGAAUGAGGUCGUUGCAGCUACUGUCUUUAGCAGGUUGUCCAUUGUUGACGUCCGGAGGGCUGUCGAGUCUCAUCCAACUACGGCAGCUUCGGGAGCUGGAACUCACGAACUGCCCUGGCGCCUCCCCGGAGCUCUUCGAUUAUCUGCACGAGCACUUACCGCGUUGCCUCAUCAUAGAAUAAGGUACUGCGUACACCGGUACACCACACCUAUACAUAUUGAACAUGGCAGGUGAAUAUUUGAAAAUAUCACGUUGCAACGAGCUGCACUUCAAAGUCAAAACAUUAUUUAUUCGAAUAGACCUAAAAGACACACAGAAACUACAUAGAAAGGGCAAAAUUCAAAAUUCAUUUGUUUCUAGUAAGCUUAGUUUAUAAGCACAUAUGACAAACGUUAAGCCAGUCUCUACCAUCGGUUCGGAAGGCAGAUUGUACAGAGAAGAAACUCAGGUUUCUCUUAUUCAAUGUAAUUUUACAGUUUAAAUAUCUAUAGAAUUUUUCUAUCUCGUCUUUAUGAGAGCGGAGCUGCCUUCAAGCUGUCUUGUUGUUAAGAAAUUCAUCAAUUGUAUGUGUGUGUGCUUUUGAUGAUUACAUAAAAAAAUAUAUGCAAUCAACUUUCGAUCAACAUUGAUCGUCCAAUUUGUAUGGAUGAUCAAAUAUCCAUGUUAUAAUAACCGAUAUUUUCUUGAUAAUAAUGGAAUAAUAAUAUUUUGUACUACAUACUAUAGAUGUCAGCCCACUGCUUCGAGUGGCAAGUGUACAAGAGAGUUAGUUGAUAUUAAAUAGAGUGGCUUCGCGCCAUUUGACUUGUGGAAAGUUAAGAGUACCUUAUCAAAAGUAGGCUUGAAUGUCUAGGUUCAUAAAGUCACAAAUUGUGCAUCAACGUACUUGUCUGCCAUAUUCUGUGUGUAUAUGUGUGAAAAGUCCAUAAUAUGAUAGGGUCUCCAAAAUUACUUCUUCAUUAUUUAUCUUACAAAAUAUCUAUUAUAUAUAACAAAACGUGCAAUUAUAUAAAGUGUAUAAGUACUGUCAUGUAAAUAGUACAGUCACGGGCUGCCUUCUAAUAUUUGUGAUAAAAAUAAAAUAUUCAAGUGAAUCUGUCUUCAAUAUUAGUUUAUAUAUUAUAUACAAUGUUUUAUAUUUAUUUCCUUAAAAGUGGAUUUCUAAUCGGCAGGUAAUCGGCAAGAUGUUAAAUAUGAUAGAUUUCAUAUGCAUCAACUGUCAAAACCUCAAAGGUAUUCCGUAUCCAUUAUUUGGCGGACGAAAAAUCAGCUGUGAUAGAAAUAUUCAAUAAAUAUAAAGAUUUGUAUAAAUUAACCUCCUGGGGAUUUACUAUAUAUAAACUUUAACGCUUUAGAAAAUAAUGAAAGAAAUUAAUAACGUUAAGCGUUACCGAUUAAUACAGAUCGUCAACUUGCUAGAGCCCCUGAUUGUACAAUUUGUCACGAAGAGGGUACGGUGAUGCCCCAUGAAAUUACUGUCAUUAAUCGUCAUUAUCACAAGGAGAUAUUUGGAGACGCCUAUUUUAAAUUACAAACCAAAACGUACAAUUUGUAUAAAUAUUAAAAUACAAUAGAGCAGUUUGUAAAUACAUAGUAUAUGUUGAGCAGAGUCAAUUUAUAUAAUGUUUGCGCAUUUCCCAGCUGCAAUAUUAUUACAAUAUUAUAUUAUACUCUUUACCGAAGCCUGAAAAGUUGCAUUUCAAUAAAACCUACCUAUAAAUUUAGGCAUAUAUACAGUACCUUAUAGAUAAAUCAAAUCCAAUAUUAGCAUUUAACUGUCAUAAUUAUAAUUUUCUUCUAACCCCACGUAGAUGUUAUUUAUUAUAUAAAUGUGAUUAUUAUGUAAAACAAGUUUUAAAUAAUGAGUGUUGCUGUACAAUUAGAAUUAGUUUACAAUUAGAACUUUCCACUAUAGUAGAAUAUGUCUUAUGGUUGUGUCCUAUUUAUUUAUUUCUUUAGAUUCCAUAUUUUACAAGCUUUUUUUAAAUAUUUGUGAAUGUGUUAUACUUUUAAUGUUCCAACACCGUUUAGAAGUUGUUGUAGUGAAUCUCACAUUUGAGUUAUCAUUCUUUAAUAAUAAUUGCUCAAAUUUUUAUGUGAAAUUUUAUUGAAUAAUGAAUGUAAAUAAUAUUUCCUUACACAGAUAUCUAGCAAUUCAAAAUAAUGUACUCUCCUCAUCUAAUUUAGAAUGGUUUAAAAGAUUUGAAAGGAAACAAAUCGUUCAUGUUGAUGAUUUCAAAGAUAUAUAUUAAUAAUCAAUGAAGUCAUAAUAGUAUAUUAAAUUAUACCUAUUUAUUAAAUUAUUUUCUAUGUUAUGUUAAUAAUAGUUGUGUGUUUUGGGACCUUAAUAACAAUUAAAAAUACCAUAGUCACUUUAUAGUAUUAUCGUAAGGAGGUAAGAUAUAAACUUCAUGUUACUGGCUCCAAUUCCUGAUUUUUAAUGCAUUUCCCGCUAUUAUUUUAUAUUUUAUUAAUUUACUGCUAUAUUUUAUUCACUAAAACUCUUACAGUUUAGUUUUUACAAAUGGUGUUUCUAAGAAUGUGUGCUUGGAUUGUUUUAUCUUAAUUCAGUGCAAAAAUCUAAAUAAGCUAACUAGUCAAAUCUGAGUAUCGAUCAAUUUGCGUAAAACUUAAGCUUGUACACAAUUUAAUAUAGAAGCUGCAUAAUUAAUGAAAAUGUAAUCCUAUUGAACUGGCUUUAAUAUACUAUACUACAUAAAAGUUUACAUAGAUAGACAAUUUGCUUUAUACUAUAUUUUACAGCUAUUGUAUGAUAUAAUUUAUCAAGAAUUAUUCUAGUCAAUGUUUCGAUACAUUUUUUAUUGUCAAUUUCGGUUUUUUUUAGUACCGUUUCAUAUUAACUUAAUUGAAGGUAGAUUCGUAAUAAUAAUUAUUCUAUGAAAAAAAUAUAUUAAAAUUCAUUCGUAGUUAAUUAAAAUUGUCUGCAGUAAGGCUGGCCGUACGAUGACUAUUAUCAUCUGAGAUAGCUAGACCAUUCUUACCGAGAGCAGAACUUUCGUUUGUGAGCAUUGGUUGUGCUAGCCUUUGAAACUCAAGCCCAUUUGAUCAGACAGCACUAUUUUGAGUCCGCAAAAUCGAAUUUCUAUAGUUGUGUUCGAGAACCAAUGUUGAAGAAUUCUUGCAACUCGUUAGUUUGCGAAACGUAUGCUUACGGUGAGUGCCAUCCUUAAGACCAAUAUGUGAAAUGGCAGGCUUAGAGCUAAAUCUAUAGUAAUCAAUAUUCAGUCAACCUUAGAUGAAGCUUCAUCUUUAGUUUUAUUUAGUAGCAUCAUUAUUAAAAUUCAUAUGCAAAUCGCUUCAAUGCGACCUAUCUAUAUAUUAGAACAACUAGAGUUAUUAUAAAUAUGGUUUAUUUUGGCCAUUUUCCUUGGUACUAACUUCAAUUUACUUUUAUAUCUAUAAUCGUCACGUACAGCAAAUAAAUGUUUUCUCUAAAAUAAUUUAAUAAGUUACAUUUAUUAUUACUAUAUACCGUCCGUAAAUUGUCUGGAUGCGUGUGAGUGUGAUUGAAUUAAUGUAUAGAUAUUCAAAUAUUGGUGUAACCAAGUUCCAUUAUCUUUAUGUAUACUCACUCAUCAAAAGAAAUAUUACUUUUGGACCUAGGCUGAUCUGACCCUUACCUACCCUUGUGAAGGUAAAUGUGUUACCGCAACGAAAACAAUUUUUGGUUCAUUAAUUGUUAUUUUUCAGCAUUUCAACUAGAAUUUCUAGGGCACACAGUUUCUCUAAUCAUAAUGGACUCCACAGAUUAUAGGACUCAACUAUUCGGUUACCUGCUGUAUUUCUCUUAAUCAAUCCCUGCUGCAUCAGUAAAGUUAUAAGUGCAAAGUUCACCAGGUGGGCUUCAUGGUGAGAGACAGAUAAGGGGAUUUAUUAUUUCGAAAUGGCUUCGGCGGGACAACUCAGCUAGUUACCUACCACUGGCGAGGUAGUACCUCUGAGCGAUUAUGAAUUCCGAUACCUUGUCGUGUAGAAACCGAUUGCCAUGGCAGGGGUAUGGUUCAAGAUAAUAGGCACAUAAAUUACUUGAUCAAUGAUCUGCUAGAUGCAUCUGAUGAUGCAGUCCCAUACAAAACGUAGCAGAAACGGAUAUUAUUUUCUACUGAUGUAAACAAAAGUUUUUUUUUUAAAUAUAGUUAUAUAUAUUUAAAAUUAUAGCAGUUAUUUAAUAGAUUUUAGAUGUUAAUGUAAAUGAAAUAUAGAUUUCAACUAUUCACCUAGUCCCUUACAUGAUAUGAAAGCACAUCAUUAUUAUCAUUAUGGAACUAAUUAAUGCCCUGAUAAUAAUGGGCACAGCCCUGUUCCAGGAAAAAGCUAUUUAGAUCUUAGCCCACCACGUCGUCGCCAUGCGAGUUGGCGGGCUAUAUUAAAGAACAUAUGAACAGCAAUAAUGAAGUUUUGUAACUUCUAUCAUUAUACUAUGUGAUUUAUAAACCAAGAGACUUAGACAGCAAUUUAUCUUAAAUUAUAGAUGUGCCUAUGGAAGUACCUAAACAAAGGGCUACAAACUGAAACAAUUAAUGUAAACAAACUUUCACAUUAUUGGAUAAGAAUCUUCCAUUUAUCUCGCAGUCAGAUAAAGUCGGUUUGUUCACAUUAAUAAUGUGUUUCUAUUUGCCAGUUUAGAAUCCUAUCUCAAAUAGAUACUCUAAAUAUAAGCGUCUUACUCGAAAUAAUUAUUCUAAAAGUUGUUCUGCGUUUAGAUUCUUUAAAAGUAUUACUUUCUUAAUGGAGAUUUCUUAGUAAACUGAUAUAGUCGCUUAACACCUGUAUAGAAACGUACAGUAUGGUCAUCGUAUUUUAACCGACUAAUUAGUUGGUUAAAAUAGGACACAAGGUAAUCACAAGGCGCUGCACUUUAAGAUAAUACUGUUUUAAGCGAUGGUAGAAAGCCCCAUGCACUUUUUAUAAUAUCUUUAUACAACUUUGUAUCGGCGAUAAUACUAAUUAUGUAGUACAGACUACAGCAGAGCUAGCACAGGCAGGAGACAAAAAUGUUAUCCCCGAAAUUUUAUCCACCUGCUAAAGCAAAGGAACAUGGAAUAGGAGAAGGUUAUCCCCUAUAUUACACAUAUAUAAAUAAUCUUUGCCUGUUAUUUAAAACUUUUGGUUGAAGAGGGCACUACUGUUUUCCGCAUUAUCUAUGUAUAAUUUGCCCCAAUUUAUUGACCUCUCGCUCGCACAUCUCCCAUUUCACCUGGCAGCUCAGCGGUUUGAACCGCGUAAACGUCCAUUAUUGGAGUCUUGUUUUCUGCGACGCACAGUCGAGUCGUGCUUGAAGGAGUACCUACGUACUUGCUAUAUACCUUCUUAUAUUUUAUUGUAACUUUGUACUUUCGACUCUUUACAAAACACGACGUCCACUUGUGCGCCAAUGCUCUGAGAAUUCAAAAAGCUGUGGGAGAAGUUCUAUCCUUUUCCCGCGGAGAUAAUUGUCUCGUGCUGGGGGCUUCCAUCGUUUAUAAUAAUCGUAUUUUAAAAACAGACAUUUUCAUGACAUACUUUGACGUGCCCAAAAUAAAGUCUAUAAUUUUAAAACAAGAGCGUCAUCAAUAUUAAAAUAGUAUAACUUUGAUGGAAGUAGUCCCCAAACAGUCGUGUUUAAGUUGCAGAAUAUUGCAGUAGGUAUAUUAAUACAUAAAGUGCUGCAGAAAAUGUAAAUUAGUGUAUUAUUGUAAUAAUAGAUAUAACGUUGUUGAAAAGAUGUGACUUAUCCAUACUUUAAUCUGAAUGGUUGUAAUGAAAAUAAUAAAGCAAUAUAAAAUUUUA